CGAAUUAAAAAGUAGAUUAUGAAGAAGUGCGGUUAAAAAAAUAUUUGCAAAUUCUAUCAAAAAUAACUUUGUUUGUUAACCAAAAUAAUUUCUUCUUAUGUAAAGUGAACAUCACACGCAGAAAUGUAGAUUUUCCUUUUGGCUAUUCUGUUUACCUGUCAAACACUUGUUCCUUCAUAUGGUUACUACAUACGUUGAGUUUAUUUGAAGAAAUAUUAACACAAUCAAAUCCAUUUAAUUGACUUUAUGAUUAAAAAACUCAACAAGCAAGGAAAUCCUUGACAACGCCUCUAACUUUAUAUUGUUAAAUAUAAUCUUUGCAGAUUAUAUUCAUGUUUUUUUAAACGAAUAAAUACUCCAGAUUACAUAUCAUACUUAAUUGCCCAAACCUGACUGACAUGCUGCACAUGCUGCAUGCUGCUCUAUGACAAAUUAAGACACUUUAAAGUACUCAGCUCAGCACUUUUGGGGGCGUUUAUGAUAUUCAUUAGAAUUUAAUCUCAUUAAUAAAAGUGUAAUUGUGUCAGUUGUUGUCCUUGGCGGUCAAUAAGUUGGUUACAAGUGCUUUGUUUGCACAUGAAGUCCAAACUCCAGUGAGUUUAACCGUACGAUAAACUGUCAAAACAGCUCAAUCACAGUUUGGUUCAACCCCCACAAACAUUAUCUCAGCAUAAAAUACAAUGUGAGCACAUAUUUGGCAUCUAUAUAUUAAAAAAGAAACUGGUUUGUGAUGCACAUUUUGUGUCUUAACACCCAUACUAAAUGUAAGAAGCAAAUCAUAUGCCAGACCACAUCAGAAAAACAGUGUGGGUGACAACCUUGCUAAAUUUCCUCUGUACUGGCUGUUGGACCACUUCCAAUGUGUCAGGCUCAUUUAAGCAGUUAAGCUCAAUCUAAAACCUUUUGCUGAGAGGCAGAGUUUGUGAUCUGUGUUUUUAUGAGCAGUAAUGGUACAGCCAGGAUGCUUCAUGUUGGGUUUUAUUUCUGCGGGGACAGGAAUUUCUCCCAUAUGAAACAGAAAGGCUUCAUUUUCAUCUUUUUACUUGUUUGGAACUUCUCUAAUUUCUCAGGAAACAUGACUGUUAAUAUAAAUGAGCAACGUGAUAUUUUGCGAGUCGCAACACAACUUAAUUUUUCGCUGGGAUGUCGAGCUGUGAUACCGUGUCAGCAUUACUUCCAUCGAUCAGACUCUUUCAAAUGGUUUUACAAGAAGGACCAUAGCAGUAAGCAGGUUCGGUUAUUCUUCCGAGAUAAGAGGGGAAUGCAAUAUCAUCAAAUAUCCAAUCCCAAAUUGAGAAUUGGAUCCAAUCAUUCCUUGGUUAUCAGCUCUUUUACUGAGGAUGAGGAAGGUGUGUACUGGUGUGAAACUUGCCAAGAAACAUGCCAAAAGUCCACUGACAUCAUAGUGAAGAAAGAGACGUGGAAAGACGUCAAUGAGACAGUUUACAUUGUUGCUGGCAGCAGGUUUCAGCACACAUGUUCAAGUAAACUUGAUAAAAUAAACUUUUGGACUUUUGAAGCAACGACUGCUGUUGGGAAAUCAGAAGUAAGAGCAACAACAGACAAUUUGACUUUCAACAAGUCUAUAUAUAUUGGAAAUGUCAGAAGAGAAGAUGCUGGGAAAUAUACCUGCUGGAUGAGUAGCUGUGUCGGACACAGUAUUAAGCGAGUCACUAUCAAUUUGUGUGUAGUUACAGUAUAUGACAGUAAGGAUUCAUCUGCAUCUUGCGCUGUGACGUGCGGCAUGAAAUCAAAUAAUCCAAACAGAACUUCAACUACAUCUGUGCCUGUACAUCCACACGGGUCCCUAAAGUGCAAUACAGAUUCAGUGUUUGAUGGAUACACUACAGUUACUAAGAGUCCCACAUUUAGCACAAACGCAUUUAGCACAAGAACAGGUUUUCAAAAAGAGCCUGAAGACUGGAUCCCACUUAUUUGUGGUAUAUCAGUAUCAUGUGUCAUUUUAAUGGCACUUUUAAUUUUCUGCUUGAAAUCAAGGUUACAUUCAGGUAGGCUAUGCAGCUGCGCCUCACUUCCACUUCCUGUGUACAUUAUUGUUUUGUUUUUUUCUUAUGGUUUGCUUGAAAAAUUUUCCCCUCUGAUUCUGAAUAUGCUUCUGCUUCUGUCUCACCAAAGCAUUUCCUGUUCAAAUUUGUUGCUGUGGCUUGAAUAGCAGGGUGGAAGAAGAGUCUUCAGUGAUUUAUUCAUCAAUUAUCAUCAGGACACCGGGCAAAAGAAUUAAUCAAAUGACCUCUAGUGAUUGCAGUGAAAUAAAAGUAUAGAGAAAAAAGUCCAGGAUAAGUGCAGUCACUUUUAUUUAUAUAUAACUGAACUUUUACCUAAUUUUCUGAAGGCAGGGCAGGUGUUUUAAAGUACAUGGAUCAAGAUAAUUUUAAUGAGAAACUUUGAGUGUGAUACAGAUGUUAUGUAACAACAUUUUUUUUUGUUGUUGCUCAGUACAGAGGUGAGGUCCAUUCAUGAACUGCAUGAAAGAACAGUUUCUGAUUACCUUGCAGAUCAAGUUAAGAUAAAACAAAUGUAGGUAAAGAAGUAAUGUUGACCUCAAUAUUCUACGGCAAUUAAAUGCUGCUUUCACAAAGAGGAACGUUAUUAGGUACAUUAAUUUAGUCGAGCUCAGCAAUUAAAACAAAUUUACAAACAAUUUCUAUUUUUUUUGUUAAAAGAAAAAAUACUUUUUACACUAAAUUUAUUUUACAGCUGUAUUUUGUCUUGCAGUUUUAGGUUUUACAUAAUCACCAUAUAAAAUAUAACCGCAGUAAAAAAGCAUCUAAGCAAAAGGUUGCAUAAAGAAGGCUGUUAGAAGUGUUAAAACCCCAGAAGUACUGCGUCUGCAGUGUUAAUCAAUAAUGAUCAUCAGUGAUAGCAAAACAAUAACACCCUGCAGACAAAAGGUUAUAGUAUGAUUAUUACUGAUUAUUACUCCGAAUAGCCUAAAUUGAAAACAAUGUGAGUACCUCACCCACUUUUUUUAUACACCACAACACCAACCCACAGAGACAGACAGGACAUGACACGCAGGACAAACCACUACAUCACGAUCUGUCAUUGGUGGCGGUGUGCACAGCUCUAAUGAAAACAAACCCAAAUAAGGCAGCUGGCCCAAAUAAUAUCCCCAGGCAUGCACUCAGGGUCUGCUCAUCAGAGCUGGAUGGUGUAUUCAUAGACAUACAAUCUGCCCAUCCUUUAAGUACAUUACCAGUGUGGCCCUCUCCAAGAAACAUACUGCCACAUGCUUAAAUGACCAUCAUUCUUUUGGACUAACAUCAAUUGUGAUGAAGUGUUUUGAAAGGAUCAAAAAGACUGUCCUGGCCACCUUGGACUCUUUACUUUAUGCACACAUACAGAAUCAGUCCACUAGAAGGUAGUAACACAUCUGUGAAAAUGCUGUUAGUUGACUGAAGCUGCAUUUAAUGCUGCAGACUCUCUGAGAAGCUGCUCUUAGUCAGACUCACACCCUUUCUCUGUAACUGAGCUCUGAACUUCCUGUAAGAUAGACCGCACUCAGUCAGAGUUGGACACCAGAUAUCAAACAUCAGAACUGUGAGCACUGGUAUUACUCAGGGGCACGUGCUGAGUGCACUGCCACAUGCUCUCUUCACAUAUGAGUGUGAGCACCCCCCUAAUCAAUACCAGAAUUAUAAAAUUUGCAUAUGAAUCUAAAGUAAUUGGGCUGAUUACUGGCAGGGAUGGCAUAGAGAAGAGAAGUGAAAUGACUAGUGGCCUGGUGUCAGGAAAAUAAUCUUGCCCUAAAUGUAGAUAAGAGCAAGGCGAUCUGAGGAAAAAACACUCCAAGACAGAGGUAGAGGACACACAUGAGGUUGGAUUUCACCUGGUCUCACAACCAGCACAUUGACUGUACUUUCUAAGAUGACUAACAGGGCCCAGCUGCACUACUCAAGACAGGAACACUCUAUUGUGCGAGACUGCACAAUAAAUCACAGGAUCAUCUUUUCAUUAGUAUAUGACAUUUACACCAACAGGGCUGUCAGCAUUGCCCACAUCAACAUUAAAUACAACACACACUCACAACACCACCAGUUAACAGGUAGGUGGUAGAUUCUAAAGGUAGAUGCAACAGGAGUCUGAAAUCAAAGACUGUAAGUCUCAAAUCAGACUCGUGAAUAAGACAGUCAGUUAUGCCUCUCUUCUACCCCAUCAAUAUUAUUGACUAUUACUGUAAUUAUUAUUACCUGCUAUGGCACAAAUUUGUAAAGACCGGUUUGCAAAUAUGGACAAAGCAGGUACAACUCAGGUUUUCAAACUCAGGUUUGUUUUUAAAACUAAUUUUAGUGUUUGCAUCUUCAAUUCUUGCAAUCUGUAAAAUUUCCGGAUUCUUUAUUUUUAUUUUAUUUGAAUAAUUAUUUUUGUUUUGUGUCAAGAGAUUGGCAAAAUUAAGUGUAAACUACUGCUUUUAUUUCCACAGUAUGUAUGCCAAUAAAGCCUCUAAACUUAAUACUCAGUAAUAUAUACUUUUCACAGUACUGUGAAAACAGUAAUAGUUUUCACAGUACUGAUAAUCCAUUCGUA